AUGUCCGUCAAGCUUUUUGUCGGUGGUUUGUCUUGGGGUACUGAUGACCGUUCUCUAAGGCAAAGAUUUGAAGAAUAUGGCACCGUCGAAGACGCUGUUGUUAUCCGUGAUCGUGAUACUGGUCGCAGUCGUGGUUUCGGAUUCGUUACCUUCGCAAAUAAUGAAGAUGCUGAAACUGCCAUUCAAAACUUAAAUGAUCAAGAAUUCGAUGGCCGUACUAUCAAGGGUGAAUAUAAAUUCUUUUUUUGUUGA